GUCAAAACGUGUCAAGGCUGGAAACUCAGUCGUCCGAUCCAUCUGCAUCUUAUCUGCAUCUGAUUUCCGCUGACAAGAUACGAGUGGCGAAAAACAAUCAUCUCUGUUUGCUAGGGAGAAAAUAGUCCUGAGCUACUAUCGUGACGACUAUCUCCAAGGGGUAUUCGAAGAAGGCAGCCUAGCACCUGAAGUGGUAGUCCAAUCUAAUAGUACCACCUCAGCUAGUUGCAGCUCGCCACGAAUCGGGAAGCGGGAAGCCCCCUCUCUUUAAAAGGAACAACCCUGACAGCGAAGGAAUCAGAAAAUCGACCCCGAUCGAAUGUCAUCCAUCUUUCUCGAUACACACACGACCUAGUCGCUUGAAUUUGCCCCAUACUGACCCUAAAGGUUGUCUCUUUUCCCAGCCGUUAUUUCUCGACUUGGCUACGAGCUUCCCGAAAAUUAGACCCCAUGGCGGAAUCCUUUUCCAUCCCCGAUUCUCAAGGGGCUGCCGCUAAUGACCCCCCACAAGCCACCUCAUCUUUGGCUUCGGCUCCACAAAACGUAUCCCAGAGCGCUGCGCCCGUCGCAGGGCAUCAUGAUGGUGAAUCUUCAGACUCAGACGAGGCAGAGCCUGAAGAAGAGUUCUCGGACUAUGCAGAAGAUUUCGCGAGCGAUACAACGUCGCUAAACUCUGAGAUCACCUCCUACCGAUUUGAGAAUGGACGACGCUAUCACGCCUACAAGGAGGGGGCUUAUUGGGGUCCUAAUGACGAAAUGCAAAAUGAGCAAUUAGAUAUGGCUCACCAUAUGUUUACAUUGCUUCUCGAUGGGAAACUGCUACUGGCGCCGAUCAGCGACAACAUACAGAGAGCGCUGGAUGUUGGCACUGGCACUGGGAUUUGGGCCAUUGAUUUCGCAGAUGAAUAUCCUUCAGCACAAGUCAUUGGCACCGAUUUGUCACCCAUACAGCCCGGUUUUGUUCCACCCAAUCUACAGUUCGAGAUCGACGACGCCUCGGAAGACUGGGUCUAUCCAGAGAACCAUUUCGAUUUGAUCCACGUUCGUGCACUGUAUGGUGCAAUCGCGGACUGGCCCGCAUUCUAUCAGAAUGUUCUUAGUCGCUUGCGGCCGGGGGGCUGGUUUGACCAGCUCGAGAUGUCCAUACAAUUUCGAUCGGAUGAUGGCACGGUGACAGACGACCAUGUUCUAGCUGUCUGGUCGAAGACCUUCAUUGAGGCGGGCGAGAAGUUCGGCAAGACCUUUCGCAUUGCCGAUCUUGCUAAGGGCUAUAUGCAGCAGGCUGGAUUUCAUAACGUGACAGAGCACCGCAUGAAGUUGCCUGUCGGUCAGUGGAGUCGAGACAAGAAGCUGAAGAAACUAGGCAUGUGGAACUUGGUUCAUUGCGAGCAGGGAAUUGAAGGAUGGGCCAUGGCACUGCUGACCCGAGUCAUGGGAUGGAGCUAUGCCGAAGUGCAGGUCUUCUUGGCCCAGAUGCGAAAAGGCCUCCGUGAUCCGAAUACUCAUGCAUACUUCAACGUGGUCGGGGUGUAUGGACAAAAGCCUACAAGUGCCUAUUAGAGUUUGGGGACGAAAUGCACUGCGGGCACGGCUGACUGGAAUAAGAACCGAGGAAAUGCAGUGCGCAGGAGACUACUGCAAGCAGGCAGGACUAGCCUGGCAGAGGUGUGCGAAUCGGGGCUCGACGUCCCCCGUCAUGAGAGGUCGGGGCGGCCGGGAAUGCUUGGGUUUAAUGUGGACUUAUGAGUUAGUGUCCUGCUCAGUAUGUGUUGCACGCGCCUUCGAUUGGUUGUCGGGAGCUUGGAUGGUGGAGGCGACCGGGGGAUGACGGCCGCCGGUGUAGCUGGAGAACAUCCAAUGAUCGCAGUUCGACCCCAAUUAUGAUUUAUGGUUCUGCACGGUAUCGGACAGUCCCUUGGUUGCACGAAAGUGCUCACCAUCGUCUGAUGGUGAUGAUGAUGAUGAUGAUGAUGAUGAUGAUGAUGAUGCUACCAUUUCUCCGAGUAGAGCAGUUUUAGUUAGGUGGCCUUCCUUGUUUC